AUGACGGCUCCUCGGGCCCUGUUCUUCGACACGUUUGGCACGGUCGUGGAAUGGCGCACCUGUAUAACCAAAGCUCUGACCACCACCGCCCAGCAAGUGUUGGAUUCUGGCAGGGAUAUCCCGACCGAUGUGCGAGACCGUGCAUCUACCAUGAGCGAGGGGGAUUGGCUCGGCUUCGCCGAAGAAUGGCGGCUGUCCUACGGAAGAUUUACGAGCACAUUUGAUCCAUCCAAAGACUUCGUUUCGGUAGACCAGCACCACUACUCUGCCCUGCAAGAUCUACUCCGUCAACAGGGCAUCUUGAAAUUAUUCACCGAUAGUGAGCUUUGGUCUUUGACCUUCGCCUGGCACCGGCUUGAUCCCUGGGCGGACAGUGUCCCGGGGCUCGAUCUAUUAAACAAGAGAUUCAUCACUUCCACCCUUUCAAAUGGAAAUCUGACCCUACUUGAGGAUCUUCAAAGGCACGGGUCUCUACCAUUUACACAUCUCAUCGGCGCCGAGAACUUCGGCGCCUACAAGCCUUCGCCUCUGGUCUACAACGGUGCUGCCAAGCUGCUUGGGCUGGAAAGCUCGCAGUGCGCCCUGGUAGCCGCACACCUCAAGGAUUUGCAGGCAGCUAAGAGCUGCGGCUUUCAAACUAUCUAUGUCGAGCGGCCCUUAGAAGAGGCUUGGUCUGCUGAUGAAGUGGAGCAGGCCAAGAAGGAUGGCUUUGUGGAUCUCUGGAUUGAUUCGAACUCAGAGGGCUUUCUUGAGGUGGCUCGGCGGUUCGGGGUUGUAUCAUGA